CCCACCAUUUUCUUGAACAUUUCACGGAACAUCAUCGAAGUGGAUCGUUUAUAGAAAUUGUGUUAUGCGUGAAUGGUGUAACGACUACAAUCGACAGUGACCAAUGCAAGUUCGCCCGGUAAAGUUGCUCUUUUGUUACAGUCAGAAACGGUUCAAACUUGCGUAACUAUCAGUCUAUGAUUUAUCCAGAAUUUUUGCACUCGAUCAUGUGGAUUUGCACUCCACGUAUACAACGCGAUACGCGAACUAAUUAGUCGACAUAUGUUCGCUAAAUCACUGCCGAAGAAUCGUUGAAAGUUUAUAGCAUAAUCAGAUAGCCCUGCCUGUUUCAAUCCCAUCCUUGAAUUCCUGCAUCCUUUAGGCGGCAAAUUUCAUCCCAAGAACCGAAACGAAUUUGAAAUCUUGUUAAAAAAUGGCAGGAAAAAAGAAAGGGAAAGGAAAGAAGAGGAAGCGCGUUAACGAAUUAGAACUUCGUCGAGAGUUGAGGAAGCGGGGACGCGACGGUUCUGAUUGGGACGAAGAGGAAAUGCCUCAAGAGAAGGUGGAUCUUUCGCAAUAUGCCGAGCAGAUUAGAAUUGGCGGCAUCGAGGGCGGCGGAACGUAUUCCACGCUUAUCAUCAUCGAUGGCAAAGGAGUACCAUUGACGGAGGUCAAAGGACCAAACACCAAUCACUGGAUCCUUGGAAUGGAAGAGACCGCCGCCAGGAUCAAUGCAAUGGUGGAGAAAGGAAAACAAGCUUUGGAAAUACCUGAAACAGUUCCCUUAAAUUGUUUGGGUCUUAGUCUAAGCGGAUGCGAGGAGGAGAACACGAACCGUUUGCUCAUAGAAACCAUGAAAAAAACGUACCCAAACGCUGCUACAGCUUAUCAAAUCAGUUCAGAUACUUUAGGUAGCCUUAGGACUGGUUUACCAGAUGGUGGAAUUGUUCUAAUCGCUGGGACAGGUAGCAACGCUUUAAUGACUACUCCUGAUGGUAAAACUGUUGGAUGCGGUGGAUGGGGACAUAUGAUGGGAGAUGAAGGCAGCGCUUAUUGGAUCGCCCAUCGCGCGUGUAAGUACGUGUUCGAUGAUGUCGAUGGUCUGAAUCCAGCCCCAAAACCUGUCAGCUACGUGUGGCCUGCGAUGAGGGGCUAUUUUAAUGCACCACUGAUGAAGGAUAUGUUGCCGCACAUAUAUACAGAUUUCGAUAAAAGCAUGUUCGCCAACUUUACCAAAGAGCUUGUGAUCGGCUGUGAAAAAGGAGAUCCUCUUUGUUUGUAUAUUUUCCAAGAAAAUGGGAAGUUUCUUGCGAAACACAUUGUGGCUCUUUCAAGAAAAGCUCAUCCUGAUCUUAAGUUAGAUAAAGGAGGACUGAAAGUUGUCUGCGUAGGAUCGGUUUGGAAGUCGUGGGAAUUCAUGAAGAACGGCUUUGUGGACGAAAUUCACGAGUCAGGUACAGUGGAUGAAUUGAGUUUACUUCGUUUAACAGCAUCGGCAGCGUUAGGCGCUUGUUACCUUGCUGCGGAAAAAAUCGACUGGCUAUUCACGAAAUCGUAUGAGAAAAACAUUGAAACGUUCUACCAUUAUAAACGAUUAAAUUAUGUGAAGUCAGUGGAAGCUCUGCCAGAAACGGAAAUGGAAUUCAUCCCUUGUGGUGGUAUAAGUAUGAAAGAAAAUUUAUAAAAAA